AAGUGGGCAGCCCUAUCCCGCAGAAAAACAACACAAGUCGCGUUUUUUUAUCAAUGAAAUAGCAAUAAAAGCGGAAUAUACCCAAGAUAAAUGCAUGAAUUCCGUGCCAUAGCGAGCUGAAGCCGAUGACAUGUCACCGGCCUAUGACCUGGGCCACUCCGCGGAGGCGUCAUAUCACCCGCUGGAGACCAAGGAGGCCUGUCCACCGCCCUCGCACGCCACUGCUGCCACCGCUGCACCACAGCGCCACGCCAUGGGAUUGAGAACGUCUUGGUCGCGGAUGUGUCGGCGCUACAAGCUGCCCACCCUGCUGCUGAUGCUCCUGCUCUUGGUGUCCUGCAUGGCUUACCGUAUACUGAGUUCAGAACAAGAUGCCCCGCCAAAGGAUAUUCACAGGAGUUCACCUUUGCUGGAUGCCUAUGAGGAUUUCAGUGCCAUGCGAGCAGGAGAUCUUAAAAUGCGCAUCGAGGAGAUGGUCAGGAUCAAGAGUACCGUGUCUGUGGAGCUGCGCGAACUGGAAUCCCGUCGCCAGAAGCUGCAAUCCGACAUCAGUCAGUACAACCAGAAGAUCGAGGAGCUCAAACAGGAACUCCUCAGGGAGCAAACGGAACUAGAGCGCUUAAAGAUCUCCGUGGAGCAGGCUCAAGUGGCCCAGAGAGAGGCCGUGCAAAGGAAUACCCCCGACCUGGCUUUACCACGCUCUCUACUACCAAACUCCCUGCCCAGGAAGAUGAAUCCCAUAACGGCGGGCAUGGCGGCCAGCUGUGAGAUGCACAAUUGCUUCAAUCACUCGAGAUGCAGCCUGACUUCCGGAUUCCCUGUUUACCUCUACGAUCCCGAUGAGCACAGUGUGCAGCGUCAUGGCUACGACAUUGAUGGCUUCCUGAAGACAACCCUCAAGCAGACGCUGGGCUACAAUGCUCACAUUGUCAAGGACCCUAAGCAGGCUUGCAUAUAUCUGGUGCUGGUGGGUGAAGCACUCCUGGAGCAGGAUCUCCUUCGAAACAAUCGGUAUGCGGCACAGGAGGCAGAGCACCAGCAGCCCUCUACACCCAGCCAUGCCAAUGACUGCCCCGUGGACAUGGAGAAGCUUUACAAGCUGCCCUAUUGGGGCGGCGAUGGACGCAACCAUGUGCUGCUCAAUCUGGCCAGGCGGGAUCUCACCUCGCAUCGCACGAAUCCGCUGUACAAGCAGAACACCAUGCGCGCCCUUGUGGUGCAGAGUGCCUUCGAGAGGGAGCAAUUCCGUCCAGGCUAUGACCUCAUAGUGCCGCCCAUUUUGGGUCCACCGGGUGGAGAUGUGUGGCAAGAGUGCGCCGGCAUGGUGCCCGCCCGCAGAAAGUACCUGCUCACCUUCCAGGGAGAACUCCGACCCAAACUGAGCUCGCUGCUUCCCUUGGAUGCGUUUAUACUGGAGCAUUUGGCGGAUAUGGCCAAAGGAGCCACCCAGGAUCAGUUUGUGCUGCAGUUCCAGUGCGUCCCGGCCACGGAGCAGCAGGAGGGCGAUUCCCUGCCAGACUGGACGCUCUGCGGAUCCGAUUCCUCCCGACGUCAGCUGCUCAAGGACUCUACAUUCACCUUGAUUCUACCCCCAAUGAAUGGUCGAGUGUCCUCCACUCUUAUGUUGGCCAGGAUCUAUGAAGCUUUGCGUUCGGGAGCUGUGCCUGUGAUUUUGGGAGCCGAUGAAUUGCGCCUGCCUUACGCUGAGACUUUAGACUGGAGAAGAUCAGCUUUGCUGCUGCCUAAAGCGAGGAUCACGGAGCUGCAUUUUCUGCUGAGAGCUGUGCAGGAUGCGGAUUUGCUGCUCCUCCGACGGCAGGGCAGACUUGUCUGGGAGCGGUAUCUGAGCUCCGUGCAGGCCACCGUGGAUACGGUGAUUGCCAGUCUAAGGGACCGCCUGGGUAUACCACCCAGACCCGUGCCACCGAUCAUAGCACAAAGUGUGUUCAAUAGCACGUUUAUACCCUUGAAAUCCGAUCCUCCCGUGGGCUUGGAUACGGAGCCAGAGGAGUCACUGGGUCCCAUAGAGCCGCCUUACCCGAGCCCCUCUUUCAGGCGCAACUACACCAUCCUGCGAAUGCAGGCCAAGGAAGCCUGGAACGAUUGGUUGGAUCCCUUUUACCUCUACCCGCAGUUGCCCUUUGAUCCUGCCUUGCCCUCGGAGGCCAAGUUCCUUGGCUCACACACCGGUUUCCGGCCCAUUGGCAAAGGAUUAGGAGGAGCAGGCAAGGAGUUUGGUGAAGCUCUAGGCGGAAAUUACCCGCGAGAGCAGUUCACUAUCGUCAUGCUGACCUAUGAAAGGGAACAAGUGCUCAUGGACUCACUGGGACGUCUGUACGGACUGCCCUACCUUCACAAAGUCGUCGUAGUGUGGAAUUCCCCUAAACCACCAUUGGAUGAACUACGCUGGCCGGAUAUAGGAGUGCCCGUGGCCGUUCUACGAGCUCCCAGGAACUCCCUAAACAACCGAUUCCUGCCCUUCGAUGUCAUCGAAACGGAAGCCGUGCUCUCUGUGGACGAUGAUGCCCAUCUCCGUCACGAUGAGAUCCUUUUUGGAUUCCGUGUGUGGCGUGAGCAUCGCGACCGAGUGGUUGGCUUCCCAGGACGCUAUCAUGCCUGGGAUCUGGGCAAUCCCAAUGGCCAGUGGCACUACAACUCCAACUACAGCUGCGAGCUCAGCAUGGUGCUGACGGGCGCUGCUUUUGUGCACAAGUACUACCUGUACCUGUACACAUAUCACCUGCCCCAGGCCAUUAGGGACAAGGUGGAUGAGUAUAUGAACUGCGAGGAUAUAGCCAUGAAUUUCCUGGUUUCACACAUAACGAGAAAACCGCCGGUGAAGGUGACCUCCCGAUGGACGUUCCGCUGUCCGGGUUGUCCCGUUUCUCUCAGCGAGGAUGACACACACUUCCAGGAGCGGCACAAGUGCAUCAACUUCUUUAGUCGGGUGUUUGGCUAUACGCCGCUGCUAAACACCCAGUUCCGGGCGGACUCCAUCCUGUUUAAGACGCGCAUCCCGCACGACAAGCAGAAGUGCUUCAAGUACAUCUAGUCGUAAGGAUAAUCCUAAUACCGAUACCCAAUUCCCGACAAUGGUGGUCACUCCACACUUACCUAAUCCCGGAGUGAUUGCCCAGCUGAAUGACCCUUAGAAAUAAGCACAAAGUAAACUUAUUCGGGCUUGUUCAGGUUUUUACAAUAGUUUUUAAAGAAUUUUAGUUUAGAUAAACUUUCCGGCUCUUUCUAAAAAUUGAAAUUGAAUGCCCAAUUAAAGAUGUUAGAAUUAUUUAGAUGAGUAACGGCCAGCACGAAAAAACCGUGUCCAAAAAAACCCUAUGGCGUUACUCAUCUUAGUAAUUAUAAUGUCUUUGGCCCAAUCAUGCUCUUAAGUCAAAAAUCAAGUUAUAAAUUAACCUUUUUUCUUUAAAAUAUAGAUCACAAAAGUGCAAUAUAGGCGAAAAGUCUAUAAUCAAAGCUUAAUUUUUAUAUAAAUUACUAUUUUUAUAAAAUCAAAGCUUAAUUUUUAUAUAAAUCCUUAUUUUUUAGAUAGAAAAUGUAGAAAACAUAUCUUAAAAAUAACUUUUUUCCAAAUUCUGUUUAAUUUUAAUUUCUUUAUCAUAGAAAAAGUGAUUCAAAAUCGAUCAAAAAACCUUUCGAUCUGUGUGAAAACCUAAACAAGCCUAUAUGUAUAUAGACUAUUCAUGACCCAAGUCUGGCCCCUGAUAAGCCAGCGGAGAUAAAGCCUCUUAUGUCUCAUUACAAACUAUAUUUGCUUGGCUUCUUAAGAAAAAAAAACUUAAGAAAAGGAAAAGAUUAAGAAGGGCUGCUAUACCAAAUCGAACUCGUGAGACUUUUUUUUAAUUGUGUUUUGCUUAAUUAGCCUAAGUUAUGUCCCCGAUUUUUUUACUUUGUAUAUAGCGCUUAAUAAACACUUAAGUUUAAAAGAUAAA